CCCCCAACCGAAAACACCGUCGAUUUCGACUCUACAUAGCAAUAAGAGAUCAUUCAACAACUUCACUUUAACCCUCAAAAUCUAAAUCCAGACCCAAAUUUCAUCCAAAUCUCAUCAGAUUUAACACUCCCAAAUCUGCUGUCUAUCGUUUUCUGGGUUUAAUGCAGAUGAAAGUGAGUGAUGAAUGAACGUAAAACUCCAUGUGUGUAUGUAGCUGUUUCUAGCAUGCACCGCUUCACUACGUGUUAUUGAGCUGAUAAUAGAGAGGUGGAUAAUAUAUUAUGACGAAUCAAUUGGUGAAGGUGAAGAGGGAUGUGAUUGCGGCAUGCAUGACAUGCCCUCUUUGUCAUAAGCUCUUCAGAGAUGCAACUACCAUUUCCGAAUGUCUUCAUACGUUUUGCAGGAAAUGCAUCUACAAGAAGCUGUCCAAUGAAGAAACUGAACACUGUCCAAUUUGCAAUAUUGACUUAGGCUGUGUUCCUUUAGAGAAACUGAGGCCAGAUCAUAAUCUGCAAGAUGUGAGAGCAAAGGUAUUCCCAUAUAAGAGGCGAAAGGUGAAUGCACCUGAAAUUGUGACUUCAGUAGCAUUGCCAGUGAGGAGAAAGGAGAGAUCACUCUCGUCUCUUGUGGUCAGCACUCCAAGAGUAUCUUCACAAACUGGAAUAACAGGAAGAAGAACAAAAUCGGUGGCAAGAAAAACAUUACGGGGUUCCAACUUUUCAAUUGAGAAAUCUCUCAAGAAAGAAGAAGGUUCUGGAGAAGAUCAGCUGGAUAGCUCUAGCUCACUUGAGACUUUGAACAAGUUCACUCAGAACAUAAGGCUGAAUUCUUCCAGUGCUGAGCCUUCUAACCACCCUACACCUGAUAAAGAAACUGAAAAUGGCAGUCAACAGUGGGAAGGCAAAGUUGAUUUGUGGAAACCUUUAAAUUGUUUGGUGGAAGCAGCAAACAGGAGCAAAUCUUCGAGGUUUACCUCACAUGGUUCUACUGCUAAGUCAGAAGGUCUGCAUUCCCAUGACCGUGAGGGUCAUGUCCGUAAAACUAAAGUCAAAGAACAUGGACAGAAAUUGAAGAUCAAGGAUGACAAUAAUAGUGAUCCUGCACCUCCAGAAUUUGACAAACCUAAAAAGUCGCGUAGAAUUCGCCAAAAGAAGGCAUCAUUUUAUGGAGAGUUUGAUAUUUCACCGCAAACUGUACUGGAUGCAACCACUGCCAGAUGUGAAAGGAGAAUCUAUCCAAUAUGGUUUUCAUUGGUGGCCUCGGAAGACCAGGAGGGAGAUGCACCCUUGCCACAGAUUUCUGCAAGUUACUUGAGAAUAAAGGAUGGUAAUAUUCCAGUUUCUUUCAUCCAAAAAUACCUGAUGCGGAAGUUGGAUCUUAAGAGCGAAGAUGAGGUUGAGAUUAGAUGUAUGGGACAAGCAAUCGCCCCCAGUUUGCCACUGAACAGUUUGGGUGAUAUGUGGCUUCAAACUACCCCAUCCGAAAGAAUACCAGCAAUUAUUGGUUCAUCGGCAAAGGAUUUUGUUAUGGCGCUAGCUUAUGCUCGAAAGAUCCCGGGCGUUCCAGCUUCUUAAGUUAUUAUC